GAGGUGCCGGUGGAGGAGAUCAAGGAGCGCUCGAAGCGCAUGGCGCUCAUGGACAUCUAGGAGGGCGCCGCGUGUGUGUUUGCCCCGCCUCUAAGUAGUGAUCUCAAUGCUUGGAGCUAGGCCGCCGAGCCUCAGAAACCCAAGAACAACCCAUCCACCGGAGGCGGGGGCGCCUCGGAGCGAGUUCAAGCGACCCCCCGACUGACUGGCGGCCUGGAGGAGCACACAACUUGUCACAAGGCACAGCGGCAAAUCGGCGCCUGGCAUACGCGCUGCCUUGUGCCGCGCCUCUGUGCGUCGUGCCGCGUGCGUCCGUCGGCUGCCCCAAUCAUACAGCGGGCGCACAAGCAGCCAUGGGCGGCCCGCGGAAGCGCUUCAUCCCCAGCACCUUCGCGCGCGCCCACGACUUCGUCUUCAGCCCGGACGACGCCGGCGCGGCCGCCGCCGCCGACGCCGCUACCAAUGCGUCCCACAACCUCGUGCCGCCCCUGCGCUUCUGCCGCACGGGAUCUGUGGAGAAGGCGACGUCGCGCCUCACGACGGCGACCGUGCCCCACAACGGCGACGGGCAGAAGGAGUAUUGUGGGGCUUGUCAGUUCGCCGACACGCGGCGGUGCACCUACUGCCACCAAUCCAAGCUCUCGACGGCGCAUCGACUGCCGCUGGAUAGGUUGGCGUCGUUGCUGAUGCGCGAAGACCGCGCCAAGGCGACGCUGGAGAUCUGCCGCGAGCUGGCGCUCUACGCACGAAGUGAUACACACGCCUCGGAAACGAACCUACGAUUGGGUUUCGACGUCCCCGAGCGGGCCAUGUGCGACGCCCACGAGAGAGAGCGGGAGCGCUUACGAAGGUCGAGACUGAGGGAGAGCGAGGAGCUGACAAAGUGCCGGUCGAAAUUAGAUAGGGCGCUGCGGGCCGCGCGCGAGGCCGCGGCGAAGCACGCGCUCGAGCAAUCGCAAAUAGAGGCCGCGCGCGACGCGGCCGUCGCGGCCCUCGAGGCGCGCGAGAGAGUGAUUGAAGAAAGGGAGGUGGUGGUGCGCGAGAGCGUCCCGCCGGAGGCCCCGGUUCAUGUGGAACAUGUAGAGACGCAGUGCUACGGGACGGAGGCCUACUUCGGGGAUCCGCACGCGGACGCCGUCGCCGCGGCGCUCGCCGCGCACGCGGCCCGGCGGGCGGAAUUGAGUAGAGACAAGGCCGUGCAAACGGAAGCGCCGCCGGCGCCGCCGCCGCCGCCGCGCCGGAAGCGCACGACCUUCAUGGUGCGGCGCCUGACGCCCGUCGAGGUGGCUGCGGCCGAGGCCGCGGCCGCGCGCCAGGAGGAGGAGCCCGAGGUCGAGCCCGAGCCCGAGGAGGAGGACGUCAUCGAGGAGGUCGACGAACGGGAGGCCGAACCGAUGAAGCCCCCCCGAGUCGUGACGCCGCCGGCGCCGCGGCGCCGCCGCAAGAACCGCUACCAGUUCAAGAAGAAGGCCAAGCCCGCCGGCCUGUCGCUCGACGCGUUGCUCGAGACGAUUUAUGACGUCCUCGAGAAGAAGACGAUGAGUGACGAGGUGACGCGCAAGGACGGCGUCGAGCCGGCGUCUCUCGAACAAUUUGUAAGGACGUACUUCCGGGGCAAGCUCGGGCUGAAGAAGCUAGCAAGGGAGAAGGCCACGGGAUUAUUCAGACGGGCGGCGCAGUUGGUGGGGAAGUCGGGCCGCGUGCGCCUGUUCGCGAUCGCGGUCGGGCUCGUGUCGUACGAGGUCGACGGCGUCGAGGCGCACUACAGCCCCCACCUCGCGCACUGUCUGACGGCGUUGUUGGGCGCGUUGCACCGAGACCGGGAGGGCGGGUUGGAUAGCAUCAACGUCGCGCUCGGGUCGUAUCCCGAAGGCGCGUAUCUGAUCCCCAAAACAAAAAUCGUCCACGCGAUUAUUGGAAGCAAGGGGCUAUUGGAUACGACGUGCGUCCGGGAAUUACCGGAGACGUGGCGCAACCCCGUACUACUGCAGCAUUUGUCCCCGAGGGAGAUGCAGGACUUGUUGAGUGAUGUAGAUGACUUACCGGAGACUGGAGUGAAAGGUGUUGAUCUAGACAAGGUUUUGUGGCUCCUCUUGGAUCACCACGCGCGCGCCACCACCAAGCACGAGGCCUGGCUGAAAGCCGCGUUCCUCAAGUUCGACGACGACGCCCCGGGCCUGCAAGAGAUCGAAUUCGUGCGCCUGUGCCGCUGGGCGCUCGGGCCGUCUUUUGACGACCUGAGUUCGUUGGACGUGCACAAUCUAUUUAGGCAGAUCGGCGACCUCGCGGACCAGGCGGGCACGGGCGGCGACGACAUUGAUGACGCCGAGGGCUUCCCGAAGGCGAUCAUCCAGUUAGAUUGUGCAUUAGCGCGGCCGCGGCGGUGCCGGAUUUAUCGGACCAUGGGCGAGGACGAGGAGUGGGUCACGGAGGAGCCCUCUCCAACAGCGCCCCUGACGAGGGCGAAGAUCGGCCAGCUGCGCCACGAGCGGUCGAAGCGGCGCUUCCUCCAGAAGGCCUGACGAAGCGGCACGCUCCCGCCGCCGAUGAAUCGGCGACGCGCGGUGUCUCCCCCCCACGUGUAACAUCGUACAAGGCCUGGCGCCCCCCGCCCACGUGUAACUCUAG